UUCUCUCACGCACCAGUGCGUGCGUUCGUCAAUAAAAGUCAUGGAAACGAGGUUAGAAUUCUGAACCCAAUAAAUGACGCUGACCUUCUGAAUUCUUCCCCUUUGCGACGGGACUUUUGAGAGAGACGCCUGAAGAAGCAUUUGAAGCCUCGGAAGGUUUGAGUUUGUCGAGAAGUCUGCUAGCAAAACUUGUGAAAGAAGCACUUGCUGAAAUACGCACUUGCUGAAGAAGCCUGUGGUAAACAAACCUGCGGAAGACGGUUCCUGGCCAGGAGAAGCACCAGCAGGGUGAUCAGCUGGAAGCUCAUACCAUGGCGCUUCCAGCAGAUGGAUCCCCGACGUUGGAGGGACUUCCAGACAACGGUAAGGAACACGGUAAGGUGUGGUUAAAUGAAACUGACAUGGUUUCUGAAGACCAUGGAGAGAAGUCGAGGUAUAGUUCACCUCCGCAGUCUGUGGACUGUUCCAUCAGCUCCAGUGAAGACGAGGUAGGUAAUGACUGUACUAUCCACUCCAGUGGUAGCUCUACUACCAGCUCCAGUGAAGACGAGGUAGGUAAUGAAGACCAGGAUGACAUUAAAUCCCGACUUCGGGUUGUCCAGGUCCUUCGACCAAACAUUAAAUUCCUGUGGGGCAUAGAAGUGCUUGAACAGUCAUUGAAACUUCUGGAUUCGACGGUUCAUCAGCUGUGCUCCGCUGACAGUAGUCUGACCGUGGCCGAUGUUGCGUCACAGCUUCUUGAGAUUCUUCCCCCAAAUUUCAAAUACGUACAAGUCAUCGGGGUGGCUCAGAAGCCUCAAGAAGACACAGCUCCUUCUACUUCACUUGAAUUCUCAUCUGGACUUGACAAACAGGAAGAGCCCAUUUUGCGUCCAGAGGAAUCUAGACCUGUUGGUACCUUGCAACAUCAUCAGGUAGGUUUGAAAGAGGACGCGGCUCAUGUGACAUCUGUGACUGGCAUAAACAGAAAGAGAACAAAGGACAGUGAUGCUGAAGAGCAGCCCCUAGCCAAGAGGACUAGGGACAGUGAUGCUGAAGAGGAGCUCCCCUCCAAGAGGACCAAGUAUAGUGAUGAUGCCAGUGGGGACGAGGUCCUUGAAAGCACCCUCAGAAAGGUGGCAUGGAGAUUUCUCUCACCAUGGAUGUCGUGUGAGGAUCCUGGACUGUCAUCCCCCGUCCUCAGUCCCUCUUGUGAAAUGGCGCGUAAACGUCCUGGUUUGUCAUCCCCUGUCCUCAGUCCCUCAUCAUUGACGCAUUGUGAAGAUCCCAUUCUGUCACCCCGUGUUUUCAGUUCUUCACCUUCAACACAAUGUGAAACUCCAAUUCCAUUCCCUGGCUCGUGUUUCUGGAUGGAGACUGAAGAGGACAUUGAAGAGGAACCAAUACCUUCAACAUCUAGUGGAAUUACAGCAAGAGCGAGUUCCAGAUACGUGUGGUUUAGACCUCGCUACGUCUUGUCAGGAGACUCUGAUUAGAUUGGGAUCUGUAAAAACUGAAGACCUAUUUGGGAAGUCACAUUAGGACAUCAUUUCUCUUUUGUUUUUUAAUAAAGCCAAUGGCUUUCUAGCAAGCCUGUGGAAGACUUAGGUAGCACCUUGCAUCGGUGCUUUUCUUUAUCCCGCUGCUAGACUUAGCAUUUUAGAUGGUAAGGAUUCUGGCAGGACUGCGGAAGCCUUAGGUAGCACCUUGCACCAGGGUUUUCUUCAUCUUUGCGUUUUCCUCUCAACUCCCCCAUGUUUCAGGGUUUAAUAGUGGUGCUUCCCUACAUAGUGCUCUCCAGUAUAGUAAAUCAUUCUAUCCUGUUCCUCUACUAAUCCACUCUCCCAGUUUUUAAUCUUUCAGGUUUUAGCUGCUCGUCGCUGGAUCCCUUCGUCGUUGUCCAUGUGGUUCCUGCCUUCUGGAUCCCUUGUCUUUCACUCUGCUUGUAAGAUCCUCAUCAGCCUGUAAACCUCCACCUGCAACACCACCACCAGUAAGGUGGAGGUAGAUAAGAGAACCCAGUUGACAAAAAAAGUAAGAAAACUUAUUUUUACCCAGCUAACAAUUUUAAAUAUGGAUGAAAUUGAGGUCAAAUGUCAAAACUGUUCUUUCUUCUGCCCAUGUUCUUUUUUUUAACUCUGUUGUCUUUUCUCUUUAUUUCAUUUCUUCGUCAACUCAUGUCACAUGACUUGAGUUGACCAACAAUUAAAACAGAAAACCUGCUCCACCUGCUGAUCUACUGGUUGUAACAUAUUGUGGAAAAGCAUCACUGAGACCAGACAACAGCACUGGACCAAUCAGGAGAGAGACGAUACAGAGGAGACACAGAAAAUCCUGCUGGAAAUCCCGAGAUGAAGUUUCCUGUUGUAUCAGGGUGCUUGGUUUGUCCUUCAGUAACAAACCAAGCAUGAGUUGACUAACAAUUAAAGCAGGUCACUUCGUCCAUCUACUGAUCUACUGGUUGUAACAGAUUAUGGUGAAGGUUGAGGAGAUGAUGGUGACUUGAUCAGAAACUGUGGCCUACAACUGUAAACAUGCAGCAAACAGCAAAAUGAGCUGCAAACAGGUGAAACAGCCCAG